AUGUUAAAAUAUUUCAGUCGUUCACCGAGGAUUUCUACGGCUCCACCGAGAUCGCCUUUGUUUUCUGUUCAGUAUUCACGUUCGAAAUCUACUUUCGACAAUGCUUCACCGCCCCCCAAACAAGAAAGAAUUUAUAAUAAUCUCUCUGUUUGGGAUGUAUAUGGAACUCCAUUAGUUAAUAUCUUUCUUUGGGGUUCGAUUACCUACUUCAGCUUACAAAUCGCGUGGUAUAAAUUGGAAUUUGCGGAGUAUGUCGAAGUAACAGAAAAGAAGGUUGCAACGUUGGAAGAAGAGGUCGGAAGGCUGAAAAAAUGA